ACACAAAGGCCGGGGGCUGCGGGGGGCGGCGCGGGGCUGCGGCUCCUCCUCCUCCUCCCGCCGGGGAUGCUGCUGCCGGGAGCGCCCCGGGAGCCGCAGCGCUGCGACGCCCCAGAGCCCGCGGACACCCGAGGCUCUCAGCUCACGGGCGCAGCGAGGUCUUUGCUAUGAUUGCAGCAGCCACCGGCUCUACCCGCUGCCCGGACCCCUUGCCGCACGGUUCAGCCGGGCUCCGCUCCCCUCGCUGCAUGCCCCGGGACCGGGAGCAGCAUGGGCAGCGUCAGUAGCCUCAUCUCCGGCCACAGCUUCCACAGCAAGCACUGCCGAGCCUCCCAGUACAAGCUCCGCAAGUCAUCCCACCUGAAAAAGCUCAACAGGUACUCGGACGGGCUGCUCCGCUUUGGCUUCUCCCAAGACUCCAGCCACAAAUCCAGCUCCAAAAGCAGCAAGAAUGAGGACUUCUUUUACAUCAAGGUCAGCCAGAAGGCGCACGGCUCCCACCGAGCGGACUAUACCUCGCUUGGCGGCGGGGAGCUGGGCGGCCAAGCCGGGACGAGCGGCAUGGACUUCGGGACGCCCACGCCGCAGAAGCUGAUGCCUUUUCCCAGUCAACUGGAAGUGGCUGCGGAGAAACCGGCUGUGCGACCCACCGCCUUCAAGCCAGUGCUGCCCCGGUCCAGCACCAUCCUCCACUCUUCCCCAGAGAAUGGGGGUCACCUCUCCCAGCAGCUCCAUCCCCCAGACAAAGCCAAAGAGCAGGAGUUGAAGCCGGCGCUGUGCUCGGGGGGUCUGUCCGACUCGGGCAGGAACUCCAUGUCCAGCCUCCCCACGCACAGCACCAGCAGCAGCUACCAGCUCGACCCCCUCGUCACACCCAUGGGACCCAUCAGCCGCUUCGGAGGCUCAGCCCACAACAUCUUGCAGUGUGCCAUCAUCCAGGACAGCAACAUGAUGAGCCUCAAGGCCAUGUCCUUCUCUGAUGGGGGCAACAAGAUCCUCAACCCUGGCAAAACUCCCCACCACCACGCCGCCGAGAAGGCCGCUUGCAUCCGUUCACCCAUCUCCACAGAUGAGUCCACCAUCCAGGAGCUGGAGCAGAAGCUGCUAGAAAGGGAGGGAGAGUUACAGGAGCUUCAGUCCAGUUUUGAGGAGAAGGAACUCAGCUCCUGCCAGGCUUACGAAGAGAAGCAGCGUCGCUGCAAGGAAGAGCUGGAGGGCCUCAAGCAGAAAUGCAACAGCAAGCUCAAGCAAACUUCACAGAAAACCCAACGGACGCAGCAGGUCCUUCACCUCCAUGUGUUCCAGCUGCAGCAGGAGAAGAAGCAGCUCCGGGAGGAGCUGGAGAAUCUCCUGAAAGAGCAAAACCUGCUGGAGACCAAGCUGAGGUCCUACGAGAAAGAGAAGACCAGCUUCGCCCCGGCACUGGAGGAGACCCAGUGGGAGGUGUGCCAGAAGUCGGGGGAGAUCUCCCUCCUGAAGCAGCAGCUGAAGGAGUCCCAGACAGAGCUCAACACCAAGACCACCGAGAUCCUCAGCCUGAAGGCUCAACUGAAGGAGGUGAGGAUGAAGAUGGAAGGGCUGGAGAUGAAGACCCAGGACCUGGAGGGCUCCCUGCGUACCAAAGCCAUGGAGCUGGAGGUGUGCGAGAAUGAGCUCCAGCGCAAGAAGAACGAGUCCGAGCUGCUGAGGGAGAAGGUGAACCUGCUGGAGCAGGAGAUCGUGGACCUGCGGACAGAGCUUGCCGUCCUCAAGGAGCAGCUGAGUGAAGCCCGGGAGGUGGCCAGGCCCUGUGCCAUGGUGGACAAUGCUCAAGUCCUGCAGGGAGAGGUGGAGAGGCUGAGGGCAGAGCUGAAGGCUGAGCGGGACAACAAUGAGCAGAUGACCUCCAGCUUCCAGCAUGAGCGGCAGACAUGGAAGGAGGAGAAGGAGAAGGUGAUUCACUACCAGAAGCAGCUGCAGCAGAGCUACCUGCACAUGUACAAGAGGAACCAGAACCUAGAGAAGAUGCUCCAGCAGCUCGCUGCGGGGGAAGAUGGCAAGGAGCCCAUCGAGCUGGACAUACCCGGCGCCGACGUCCCUUACGAGGACAUCAUUGCCACCGAGAUCUGAGCCAGGUCUGCCUUCUCCUCCUUGCAGCUCAGGGGUGGGCGUCUCUUCCAGGCGAGAAGUGCUGCCCCGCAGCUCAGCCCGCGCCUUGUACAGUUCAGAUGAGCCAUGUAUUUAUUAGCAGAGCUGGUGGCCCGGCCGGCUCACCAGCCCCACUCCCCUCCUCGCAUCGCACCACGGUGGUACCUGUCGUGUUACAGAGGUGAACAAGCAACUUGUGCCAAUGGUGACGUGCCAGCAGCUCCCCCUCGCCCCAGCCUUCUGUCCCCUUGUAGGGCUGAGAAGCCGGUGAUGGGGGCAGUUGGGGAACAGGACUUGAGCAAAUAAUCUCCCAUCGGGUAAUGGGAUGAUGCAAAACUCCCAGGGGAUGCUCUGCUCCAGGCUUGGUGGGAUCCCAUGACACCACAUCCCUUCCCACUGUCUUCAAGAGGAAACGGCCACAGAACAUUUCCAGCCACUCACUGCCCACAGCCCAGAGGAGGCACCGUGCUGCUCUCACACCUCCUUAACCUUCCUCCAGGUGAGGAGCCACCUCCGGCCACCAGUGCAGGCUUCACAUCCACUUUCCCCAUCCUUCGGCAGCUGUAGUGCCUCAGGAAGGAAGCACACACCCCCACACCCCUGCCAAAAUCAGCUUCCACUAAUGAGCACAGCCCACCCUGCACUCAUUCGGUCCCUUGGCCAUGGUCACACCAGCACAUCACUCCUCCCUGGACCCGCACAACCACGGCGAGCCCAGCAUUCCCUGCUCUGAUGGAAAAGGACUCAGUGUUCCUUUCCUCCAGCUGCCAGAUGGGCAACUGGAUUUAAAGGAUUAACAGAAAUUUCCAAGCCACAGCCAGCCCCAAGGAAUCGAUGGGGGAGCUGGUUGCGUUUGUCCCAUGACCCCACGUGCUCCCACAUCCUCACUGCGACCGUCCUCCUUGGGAAACCCGGCUGCCUUAUCUCUUCCCGUGUCCUUACGUCCAUGGGAUCUGGCCGACAGGAGCUGGAUAAAAGCCCAAACCAACCACUUUCACUUUGUUUCUUACCCAAGCUCUUAAUAUUCCACUCCUGCCACCAGCAAGCGGAUAACAAGGCUCCGCUGCUCAUCACUGGUGGUGACUCUGCUGCCCCUCCACGUCUCGGCACAGGCCGGCUGGGAAUCAGCUGGCAUCCAGCUUGCUGGGGUGGAGGUUUCCAGCUGGGAUCCCUUUGCACCACUGCACUGGUGUUUUUACUGCAAUGUGUUUGUUUACCCAGGAGCGAGCUGGGCACCAGCCUGUGAAGCCCCAUCCCAGGGUUGCGGAGGGAAUUCUUGCACAAUCCCAUGCUGCAAAUUUGGCCAAGGGCUCCAAGCUGUGCAAAAAUAAGUGUUCCUCACCCUGCUCCAGCCAAGCCUGGAAAGGCAACACACGGAAACCGGUCUGUGCCUUCUGCACCCGCCCCUGAGCACCUUCUCCACGCCACCCCGGGGCAUCCCCACAGCCCUGGUCCCGGCACACAGCACAAGCCAAUCCUUAACCAUGGUCCGCUGGAGAAAAGCCAACUUCAGAUCCCGGUUCCAGCCCCUCAGCUGUAGGUUGGGGUCAGCCAGGCUUUUCCCAGACCAGCUGAGGGAUGAUUUGAAGACCAGGAGUUAAAGGCCAGCACCCAGCGCACGAGGCCAGAAGGGAUUUUCUGCAUCAUCCAAGACUCAGCCCCGCACCGAGGGCUCUGCACCCCGCAUCGGAGCCGGAGCGCGGUGACCAGGAGCUUCCCAGUGCCAAACCCGCGGGGUGCCGAGGGGAGCAGAGCCCUCCUGGCUGCCCCAUCCCGCAGCUCCCAGCCCUGUUCCUUCUCCCGCCAGCCUCCGUGGCCCCGUCCCAGGUCCCCGUCCCCCCGUGUCCCCCCCAGCCAGCGCUGUAUGAUGUGAUCGCCCGGAGGCGUCGCCGUGCUGCCUUUGCACAACGCUGUGUGUGACCGUCCGCAUCGCAGCUCUGUCGCUCCCGGCACAAGCCGGGCUCAGCCUGUACAUAUAAUUAUUUUUCUGCAGGUUUUUUUGGAUGUUCUUUCUGGUGCCCGAUGUAAAC